AUGGCAGAAAUCGGCCCUUCAUGGCUCGUACAAAUUCCGAAGAGCCGCCACUUUCAGCCAUAUGUUCAGCUGCUCUUCGCUGCCGAUAUCCGUUCCAAUUUUCGUUACGACUGCGCCGUAUUACGAAGGACACCGAGUGGAAUCUCGGCAGACUCGCGAGGCGACAUGAUCAAGGCCGUGCUAAUCAUCAACAAUCAAGGAAAGGCUCGUUUCGUGCGCUUCUAUGCGAACAUCAGCGGAGAGAGGCAGCAGCAUAUAAUCCGGCACUCGUUUGAAGCUGUGGCCUCUCGCCCGCCCACAUGGUCUAAUAUCAUCGAGGACUCCAGCAGGUUCGGCAAGAACAUCAAGCUGGUGUAUCGCACGUUUGCCACGCUCUACUUCAUCUUCCUCAUCGACAGAGCCGAGAACGAGCUCGCUGUGCUGGACCUUAUUCACGUUUUUGUGGAGUCCCUGGAUCGCUGCUACAAGAACGUGUGUGAGCUGGACAUAGUCUUCAACUUCACCAAGGUGCAUCAGAUUCUGAACGAGAUUGUGAUUGGAGGGCAGGUGCUGGAGGUUACAGUAGAUGAGGUGCAUCGAGCCGUGCAGGAGAUAGACAGGCUUGAGCGCAAGCCAGACACACCAGCAACACAGCUGCGGCCCAGGGGAGCUCCUCUGCUCUCCUAA